CAGUUAAGAUUACGUCUUUGUACAGUGAAGACCAGUGUUGGAUUUGAGUAGUAUUUCGACAUGGGUAGUGCGAUAGAGUCAUGGUUAAAUGCAGUGGCAAAUGCGCCUGGUCUCUCCGACGAUUAUGUUGAGAGGGGAAAAACGUGCAUAUCAAAGAUUGUGCAAAUGCUCAAACGAAAAAGUGGUCUUUGCAUUAGACGUCAUUUUAUCGGCGGAAGCGUUGGAAAAAGUACAACGACUACCACAUCCGAUUUCGAUUGUUACAUUUUUAUUGACGAUAUCGAAUAUCCAUUUAAAAAUGUCUUAAAGGACAUCGGUAGUCUGAUUCGUCAGAAUCAACCAAUAGGCGGUCGCUUUCGUAUUGAUAUUGCCAUCGAAAGUCCGACUGUUUUAACAUGCGUUGUUUACGAAUGCGGGGAGAAAUUGUUGAACUUGGACAUUUCAAUUGCUAAGAACUAUGCGACUACGAACGCAAUUCAACACAAGAAGACUCUGGACGCAAUUAAACCGUGGCCAUCGAAAAUCGUUUAUAAAAUGAAUGGGGGCCUCUCCUCUACCAUUGUCCAAUACGUCAGGCAACAGAAUGACUUCACACGAAGCAUGAUCCGCCUUACAAAACAAUGGUAUGACAGUCUGAACAUAAAACAAUCAAAUUCUAAGAUAAUGUUCGAGAUUCUCGCUAUGCAUUGUGCUCAACUGGAAAAUAAGUUUCCCACAAAAUCGAUCUUACGAUGCUUUAUGGGAUAUCUGAAGAUGCUAGAGAAUUUCGAAGAGCUUGACGUUGUGUUCCGAGAUGAAUACAAAUUUCCAGAGCAUCAAUUCGACGAAGCGACCACACUGCCUCGUGUGAUGGAUCCAGUAAAUCCGUAUCGUAAUUGUGCGGAAUUUUUCAGGAGCGACACAAAAAUUUUACUGAAAAAGUACUCCUUGGAAUGCGCUGCUGCAAUCAAGAUGCACCUUGGAAUUCCUUUUCAAUUGGCUGGAAACAUUUUCGAAAUUCAAAAACAGCAACCCCAAUUUCCAGAAUGGUUUUCGAAGAGAGUAUUCCAGAGUGUUUGGUCGAUAAAAACAACAGUCGAAAUUCUGCAAAUGGGAGUUGUGGUUCGAAAGCAGGAAGAUUUUGCACACCAACCGGACGAUUAUCAUUGUUUUGUCGUAUGCUUUAAAGAUAAUAUGAACGAAAUUGUCGAUCGAGCUGAAUCAACUGAACUGGAAACGUUGGCGAACGAUUUAAGAUCGUUCAUUCGGUUAGCCUUUGGGGGGGCCAAAGUUUCAACACCGACAUCAAAUGACUCCGACGACUUUCACGCCAGCAUAAUUUAUCCCAUACCACAAAUUGGGUCGAUUCUAAUCAACGUUCGUCUCUAGUUCGUAAAUACAUCAUUUGUAUGUACCCGCCGUAAUUCGUAAGAAAGGUGUAGUAUGAUCGGAGCAUUAAUAAAGAGAGAACUGUUGCAU